UUAAUCAAGUACUGGGUUGAGCUGUUAGAGUAUUAUGAGCUUAAAGUUUAAUUAUAAGAACAGAUCUUGUCAUUAAGUUGACAUUGUUUUCUCUACAGUCUAAACCUACUGAAUAGCCAAAGCCAAAAUUUCUCAAAAUUUCAAAGUUUUAUAUAUUUAAGAUAUAGAAAAAUAUUUUGAAAUAGUGCUUGAUUGUUAUUAUACUUUGUGAAAAUGAAGUUUGAAGAAAAUCAAGGAAGAAAACGUAUUUUAAUAAACAAUGAAUUGGUAAAUCUAGACAGUCCUGAGCUUAUUAUAAACAAGGCACAGAAAACAUUUCAGACACGAACACCUCUCAACCGCAACCUCUCAAGAACUUCAGAAACAACCGUCACUCCAGUGCGCAAUUUAAAUAUUUCAUGGGAUGACAAUUUCACGAACAUCAACAACGACAGAGCUUCGUCGACACCAGAAGCAGACGAUAACAGGAACAUAGCUCGUGCAUAUAAUUUUAAUAUUACCGAGAUUGAUAAUAAUGAUCAAAAUAUUAUUUCUGAUGUCGAACAGUUCGAAGACAUCGGCUCGUCUUCUGAUAGCGACAUGUCAACUGAUUCUGAUAAUGAGAACAUGCCGGAAAUUGACUACCAAGAAGAACUUGAAUCGAGACUCUUUUACUACGCAAGUUUUGUUUACCAGGAAGAUUGCAUAACACGAGAAGUAGAGGGCUGUGAUGAUUUAGACGGAACAAUGCAGAGUUUCUCGAACAACAACAACUUAACCUACACAGUACACACUGCAUCAAGUGAGGAUCGGGCAUCAGAUGUGUCUGAACUAACUGGUGAUAUUUGUUUCUUUCUCUCUUCAUCAUCCACAAACCUCAGAGAAUUCAUUCCACAUGCGUCUUCGUCUAUAUGGCAGCAAUCAGAGGCAAAUCGAUCGAUAGGCAACAUUUUAUCAUUAAAUCAAACACUUGCCGAUUCUGAAUUUCAACAAUCGAUGGAAGCGGAUCGAUCAAUAGGCAACAUGUUAUUCUUAAAUCAAACUCUAGGCGAUUCGGAAUUUCAACAAUCGAUGGAAGCCAAUAAAUCAGGAGACAAUAUUUUGAUAGACAUCGAUUCGGAAUGUAAACAAUCGAUGGAAUCAAAUCAAUCAGCAGGCAACAUCUUUGUAUUAAAUCCAACAAACAACGAUUUGGAAUUUGAACAAUCGAUCAGCGUCCAUCUUCAUGACGAAACACCAUGUUGCAGCAGUGACUCGUUAACAGCUAUUGCGUCAUCAACCAUCGAACGUGACGUGUUCAGUUUAGACGAUUCUGACAAAGAUUCCAUAAAGUUUAUACCAACAAAUAAGAGUAAUAUCCUACGCCGUACAAGUACAGUCUACAAUCUGAAUGAUGUCACAAUUCCUUCAAACGCAAGAAUACCAACUUCUGCACCACCGAACUCCCCUAUGACCCCGAGAUCUAUACUGAAAGCCAUAAAGACUGCUACAAGAUCGUUUACAAAGAGGUCGAAAGAUCAAAGCAAUGCUGACGAUGUAGAAAUACAUUUACUAGAUAAAAGGACAGUAGCAAAAAAGAUGCAAAGAUUUCGGGACAGUUUUCGUCGAAAGGACAAACGGCAAAUAAAAACUCUGGCCAAUUUGUAAAAUUUAUGUGAUUUAUA